CAGCAGAAUAUGCACAGUGGCAACACCUAUGCCUGCGGUUUCGAGACAAAAUCUUUGGAGUACCUGCAUCAAGAGCACUUGGAAGACAGAAGACUCAAAGGCAGGAUUUACUAUCACAAUAGAAAGUUCAAAGAGGAGGUUUCAACGCAUCUAGAAUGGUCACAUCAAGAGCUCCUCGAGCGAACACGAGCACACGAGGCAUUCAUCAACAACUAUACUGCAAAUGAGAAGCGCUACAUAAAGAACCACAUGAGGGAGUUUGAGGAGAACGAAAGGCGACAAAGAGAAGAACAGGCGCGGUUUUUCCAACAGCAGCGUUCAGAAGAAGAGGCCAGGAAACGGGCUGAGGAAGAGCAAAAACGAUCAGAGUGGUAUCAACAACAACGGCAACGGCAGGAGGACGAAAAGAAACACGACGAAGAUGCAUAUGCCUGACAGCAGUGGUGGUAUAACUGUUACAGUCAUUUUUAUGAGGAAAAGAAGAGCUACAAGUCUUAGCAGAGUCAUUGGGAGGAAUAUUCCAGGAGACGGACUCAAG